AUGUCCGGAAUGCACUCCACCUUCUCCAGCUCCAUUACCGGCGACACCCGCCACAGCUACGCUCUCCUCUCCGCGAUACAAGAGGGUUCAAAGGCCUCUUCUUCUUCUUCCGCCUCCUCCUCAUCCCCCUAUCAAAAGGAGGCAGACGCCGCCUCAAUGUCAAGCUUCGGCAGCUCCAUGUCCCUCCUCAAGAGCAAACUGAACAAGCACUCCGCCGGCUCGGCAAGAUCAUCAUCAUCAUCAUCAUCAUCAUCUAAAAAGUCUUCAUCCCUGAUUGCCCGCCAACGGGCCGCCGAGGACGCGAAUACGCAAAUCAUGUACUCGCAGGCUGCAUACUGGCCCUCCUCUAUCCGCACCGACUUGUAA